CUGCUUGUCAGACAAGGGGGAGCUGCAAGUUCGCGCCGCGUGCUUAGGCCACAGAAGCAAUGACGAUAUGGUCCCAUCCACAAAAAGAGAAGUCAGUCCAAGUAUCAGCCAUAGUCCCAGGCCAAGCUCAUUUGGAUCUGAUCCGCGCUAAAAUCCUAAACGAAGACCCGUACUACGGCACAAACUAUGUCAAAAACUCUGUACGAAAAAUUAUUGAAACUCGAUGGAUUUUCGAAAAGAAGUUUUUCCUUAAAAAGAUCAUCUCCUACGCGUUCGCACUCUUGGAUUGUGAAGGCCUUGAUACCAUUGCCACGGUCAUCUUGAACGGAAAGACAAUAGGAGCCUCUGACAACCAGUUCCGACGUUUCAUAUUCGAUGCGACGAGCGCUCUUCAGGCAGGGACAAAUACCAUCCAGAUCCAGUUUGAGAAUGCAGUUAAGCAGGCUAAGGAUAUGGCAGAUAAUUAUCCUUAUUAUGUUCCCGAUAUGUUCAACAUGAGUGCUGCACAGCAUGGUUUUCCGCAUCGAAACUUCGUUCGAAAAGAGCAGUGUUCCUUUUCCUGGGACUGGGGACCAGCAUUCGCUCCAUGUGGCAUCUGGCGCCCCAUUUCAUUGAAGCUGGAUAAGGAUGGAGUGCUUGUCAAGCGUUGGUAUGUCAAUACGCAUUUUGACCACAUCCAAGGUCUAUGGGAAGUAAAGGUCUCUAUCGAGAUCAUUUCUAUCAAUGAGCGAAAGCUAAGAAUUGGUGUGCAGUUCGACGAUAUCAAAGUGUCAUCCUCGGAAACUACUGUCUCUGUAAAGGCUAGGGAGUUUGUUGCGCAGCAUUCUACCAGACUAGAGCAAUCAAUGGUCAAGCGAUGGUGGCCCAGAGGCUAUGGAGAUCCCAAACUUUACAAAAUGAAGGCAUCACUAAUAGAUGAGGAUGGGACAAGUAUCGCCACAUAUAACAGUCGAUGCGGAUUCAGGACUUGUGAGCUGGUUCAGGAGCCAAUUGUGAAAGGAAGAGCUGGAGAUGCAUUCAAAUUCCGUAUUAACGGCUGUGAUAUCUUUGCCAAGGGAGCGAAUUGGAUCCCCGGCCAUGUCUUUGAUCAAUUGAUGACUACGGAUAAAAAGCGCUCGCUGCUUGAAGGUUGUGUUGCUGCAAAUAUGAACAUGAUCCGGAUAUGGGGCGGCGGCCGAUAUGAGACAGAUCAGUUUUAUGAGCUGUGCGAUGAAUUAGGGAUUAUGGUGUGGCAGGAAUUUAUGUUCGCAUGCGCGCUCUAUCCGACGGGCCAAAGCUUCCUUGAUAAUGUCAAGCAUGAAACAUCUGACCAGGUCAAAAGGCUAAUGAUUCAUCCAUCAAUUAUUCUGUGGUCGGGCAACAAUGAAAACCAAGAAUUCUUAGUGAAAGGAUGGGAUGAAGUUACCCUGCGUAACCCCUACAUAUUUACGGUCGAUUAUCACAAAUUAUAUAUCGAGACGAUUAUGUCCACUCUCUGCUCAUUGGAUACCUCACGCCCUUAUACCACAACCUCACCAUCUGCGGGAUUGAUAUCGUGUUCGCCAUAUACAGAACGUUAUGUCCUUAGUGACCUAGAGCGGGGCCUCUAUGGUGAUGUUCACUUCUAUGAUUAUAAACACAAUGGACUUCAUAUUGAAUACUAUCCAAAUGCGCGAUUCGUCUCCGGUAAUGCCUGUAUAUAUUAGCUAAGUAUACCUCUCCAAAGUGAGAGAAAUGUUUACCACCCUUAAAACGAGGUUGACUGAGAAUGCGUUCGCGAUAAUUACUAGAAUAUGGAGCCCAGUCCAUGCCAUCCUUCAAAACUUGGAAGAGAAUCUCGUCUGCACAAGACUGGCACCCAUUGUCGAAGCUAUCUGUGCACCGGAAUCAUCAUAGAAACGGCCAGCAUGAAAUGCUUCAGCAGAUUGAGGUGCAAGGGCGGAAAACCAUAUGACCUUA